UCUAUUCUCUUCUCUCUCUAGCGCACUCCUAUACAAGAACCCAUUCCCUCCCACACCGCCUCCACUCUUUUUUUUCUCUUCUUCUCUAUUAACCUAAAAAACUCCUCUCUCUUUUUCUCUCAAUAGAGCUCAAAGCCUCUGCCUUUUCUUGCAGUGAGUCUCUGUUUCUUACACUGCUUUCGUUGUGUCUCGACAUUGAGCAAAAGAGUGUUUCUUUCGGUUUGUUCAAGCUGGCGAUCGAGAACCAGGACAGUGGUGUCAGAGAAAUCAAGCCCAAGAGUAGGAGAAUCAUGGGUGCUGGAGGUCCUGAUGAGGAAGACAACAGGUGGCCGCCAUGGCUGAAGCCUCUGCUCAAAGAGAGCUUCUUUGUUCAUUGCAAGUUACAUGCCGAUUCUCACAAGAGUGAAUGCAAUAUGUACUGCUUGGAUUGUAUGAAUGGCCCUCUCUGCUCUCUCUGCCUUGCCUACCACAAGGACCAUCGUGCUAUUCAGAUAAGGAGGUCUUCAUACCAUGAUGUGAUUAGAGUGAAUGAGAUUCAGAAGCAUCUCGACAUCGCCGGAGUCCAGACCUACAUUAUCAACAGUGCUCGAGUCGUUUUCCUGAAUGAGAGGCCUCAGCCUAGGCCUGGGAAAGGAGUCACCAAUACCUGUGAAGUCUGUGAGCGAAGCCUUCUUGAUUCGUUCAGAUUCUGUUCUCUUGGUUGCAAGAUUGUGGGUACUUCCCAGAAUCCACUAAAGAAAAUGAGAGCCAGGCUAAUGGGUUCCGACUCCGAGGACUCAUACAGCAGCAGCAGCAGCAGCCAUGGAAGGUUCUCCAACAACAAAGUUCAGAGCUUCUCGCCAUCAACACCACCCCCAACUUCCAACAACUACCGGACGGCCAAGAGGAGGAAGGGAAUUCCCCACAGGGCACCAAUGGGAGGACUAAUCAUAGAAUACUAAAGCGCCCCCCCCCCCCCCCCCCCCCCCCCCAUAAGCUUGUAUUUCUAGUUUAUCACCUUAAUGCCCCCGCAUAUACAAAGUUAGUUGCAGCAAUGCCCCUCCGAACACUUGUGCUUUUCGCCAAAAGGCCGUGUUUGGAGCCUGAGUUAAACUAGUAGUGCCCACUUAGCUUUCAGGUAUUGUGUACAUAGAAGCCAAUAUGGGAAGUGCAAGUGUUGGGUAAAGUAUAGAGAAUAAAGACACAAAGUGCAGUAGGAGGAGCUCUGCAGGAACACACAAAAAAAUAAUGAUGGUAGUGUUCUGAAAAAUAUUAGGGUGGUUUCUAGAGUGAUUAUACGUAAGUUUUGAGUUCAAAAAUGUAAAUAUUGGGUUUUCUUCUCUUCUCUUUUGCUAGAGAGGUUUACAGAACUAGGGCAAAGUCAAUGUACUCCUUGGCCAAGGGGGUAAUGUAUAUAUAUGGAAAAUGAAAUAAUAGACUUUAUAAUUUGUAUUUU